GAGUAGAAGACACCAAUACAUUUAAAAAAAAAAAAAAAGAGAGAAGACAAACCACUCAGCAGAAACAAUUGCUAAGAGCGUUAAUAUAUCCUCUGCCUUCAUUGUGUUUCUCACAUACCCAUCACACUUGUCUAGGUGUUUUUUUCUUUAUUUAUCUGCGAAUUUCUGAACAAUGGCAAAUGAGUUUGUUCUCUUGACCAACGGCCCUAGCCCUUUUGGGAUGAGAGUGAAAAUAGCCUUUGCCGAGAAGGGAAUCGAAUAUGAACUCAAGGACGAGAAGAACCUGUUCGACAAAAGUCCUCUGCUUCUGCAGAUAAACCCAAUUCACAAGAUGAUCCCUGUUUUGAUCCAUAAAGGAACACCCAUCUGUGAAUCUCUAAUCAUAGUUCAAUACCUUGAUGAGAUUUCAAAGGACAAAUCUCCUUUAUUACCCUCAGAUCCUUACCAGCGUGCACACGCCAGGUUUUGGGCUGACUUCGUCGACAAGAAGGUUCACCCAAAUGGGAGGAGAUCUUGGGCUGCCAAGGGGGAAGAACAAGAAUCAGGAAAGAAGGAAUUGCUAGAGGUAUUGAAAGUGAUUGAAGAAGAGCUGGGAGACAAGCCUUAUUUUAAUGGUGAGACCUUUGGUUUUGUGGAUCUGAGCUUUGUUCCCUUUACUGCUUGGUUUUACACCUACGAGAAGGUUGGUAACUUCAGUAUGGAAGCUGAAUUCCCAAAACUGGUUGCUUGGGGGAAAAGGUGCAUGGAAAGGGAAAGUGUGUCCAAGUCCCUCCCUGAUCCACACAUGAUUUAUGACUUUGCUAUGGGUCGUAGGAAGAAAAUUUUGGGAUUAGAAUAGAGGAGAUUAUGGGUACAGCAAUGAGAGUAUUAAGACUGAUAGUGCUUUCCUUGUUUUUCUGUCUUCACCCAAUUUGAGUGAAAAAAAAGCAAGAGUCUUAGACAACAAAAUAAUGAUAUAAAGUGAUUGUAUCUUAAACUAUAUGAAUCCUGCUUUUAUAAGGUUUCAAGGGAGUUGGAUUCUGCCCCUCACCCCCCAAACCACACGCCUCCCCACACCAAAAGAAAAAUGAGAGGUGGAUUUGAGUUGGUCUUAACCUUGGACAUCUUCUGCAUGAACUAAUCAUACUAUAUAUUACGGUUUCAAAAGUCUGAUUGUAUUGGUAUCGGUCAAGAUCGAUCCCAAGUCUUGUUGAUCCAAUAUCGAUCUACUAAUACGACCCCAGGGUAAAAAGUAGUAAAAAAUUGAUUUUCAUUUCUUAAAAAAGGGCGGGUGUAAAUCUGUCCGAUUUAGAGCAAUCCAGAUUGGUAUUGGAUCA